CCUUUCUUUCGGGAGGAAGGCUUUAAAAGAGCUGUUUCUGGUUUUGGGGGUUAGUCACAACAGCACCAUGGCUUCAAAGAAACAACUUGCUGUUGGGGUCGCUCUUUUUCUAAUUGCCCUCAUUUCCAAUGGUGAGGGUAUAAUUGGGGGCAGAGAGGCAGCGCCGCACUCUCGACCCUACAUGGCCUCCAUCCAGGUACCAGAGGGCGACACGCUGAAGCAUGAAUGUGGGGGAUUUGUGGUUGCAGAUCAGUGGGUGAUGACCGCAGUCCACUGCAUGCCGAACGGUGCAAAUGGAAGGAAGGUGGUGCUGGGCCUCCACUCUCUGAGUGAAGCUGAAGAUACAAAGCAAACUUUUGACAUCAUGGAGCUACACAACCAUCCCAACUUCAACAUAGAAAAUUAUGACAAUGACAUUGCUCUAAUCAAGUUGGACCGACCAUUCAACGCCUCUACUGCCAUCAGGGCCGUUGAACUGCUGCGAGCGGGAGGCACAAACCCCGACACGGGCGCGGCGGUGGAGACGGCUGGCUGGGGGUCGCUGGACAACCUGGGGUCAAGGCCGGACAAACUCAAAGAGGUGGUCAUCGAAGUGAUCAACCGGGGUAAAUGCAGACGCACCGACUACUUCGGCAGAAAGUUCACCGACAACAUGAUAUGUGCCCACAAAGUCUGCCAAGAGUGUGUUCGCUCUCACAGAAUUGAAGACAGCUGUGAUGGCGACUCUGGUGGUCCUCUGCUUUACAACGGCAUCGCCGUCGGCAUCACCUCCAAUGGAGGGAAAAAGUGCGGCCAAAUUAAGAAGCCCGGGGUUUACACCAUCAUCUCCCACUACACCGAGUGGAUAGAUAACACCAUGGGCACCCGGUCGGCUGCAGCUCCACAAGAAGCAAGUUAAAGGGAAACGCCACGCAAAGAAACGGUGUUGGGCCACGAGGUUAUGAAUUCUGACUCCAGCACUGUGAACACGCUGCAAACAUGUAUAAUCGGAUUAAUUUCACUCGUGUAUCUCACUUAAAAAAAAAAAAAAAUCUAAAAAAAAAACAAAGAAUAAAGUUUUGUCAUGUUUGUUGCAAACAUAUGCAUGUCCAUUCAAUGUACAGGUGAAAACAGGUGAAGUUUUGAAUGACAUUCAAAUUGCUCUGCUGGAAACAUAAUGCUUUGAUAGAAUUUUUUUUUUUUUUUUUUUUUAGGAUGAGUCACUUGUUUGGUUUAAAAAGGUAGAACAGAGGAAAAUAAAACCUGUCAGAGACAGAAAGAGACUUCACACUGGCAUGUCCUAGUCAAAGUUGAUAGGCACCAAAAACAAAAACCCUUUACAGUGCAAAUUAUUAAAAACCUUAAAGAACA